UCAACAACAUGGCAGAAAAAUAAGGGUGUCUAUCAACUUCAGUCAUUUAAUGAUUUAUUAUUUUACAUGAUGACUUGAUUUUUGAACCAUAAAGAUGAAUGCUGACAUUGAAAAUAAUAUUCGCCAAAAUCAUCCAUGGACCAAAUUGCCACCAAAUCUGAAGCAGGUGUUGGGAAAUUCUCAGAGAGAGUAUGACAAAGCCAUUGUUUCCUUUAGUAUAAAGAAUCAGUUGAGAUGGAAAGCAAAUAUUGUAAAGACAAUACGGAAAGAUGAGAAGAGAUAUUACAUGGAUAUGUUACAGUAUAGCCAGGAUCAUCUGAUGUUAUACCCUUACCAUCUGUCUGACAUAGUAGUCAAAGGACUCAGAGUUACACCAUUUGUAUACUAUACCAAUAUGAUGACUGAUAUCAUGUCACAAGAAAAAAGUUAUGACUCGUUACCAAACUUUACUGCAGCUGAUUGUUUAAGACUGCUAGGAAUCGGUAGAAAUCAGUAUAUAGACUUAAUGAACCAGUGUCGGUCAUCCAAAAAAUUUUUCCGAAAGAAGAAUCCAAAAGAAUUAUUACCAAUCCAACCAAUAGAUACAUUACUGGUUGAUCAUUGGUGGACCAUCUCUACAGGGUAUAUUACUGAAGAAGAUAUAAAGUUAUGUUCACAGACAGAAAAAACUAUAAUUGACAGCAUCAUAGACAAUGGUACUCAAACUGCUGGAGAAAUUGACUAUGAAGCCUUACAUGGUUUAUAUAGAAAAGGUUAUGUAUAUGUAGAUGUACCUAUAGAUGAUGAUGAUUGUAUCAUAGUGCCUCCAUUAGAAGGAUUUGUGAUGAAUCGAGUUUUAGGAGAUUAUUUUGAGACAUUAUUGUACAAAAUAUUUGUAUCUAUUGAUGAACAUACAACUGUGUCCGAGCUGGCUAAUGUUCUCCAGAUUGACCUUGAACUUGUAAAGAAUGCAGUAUCUAUGUACUGUAGACUUGGCUUUGCUAAGAAGAAAGGAGCAGAAUCAAUCAAUUCAGAUGAUGUACAUCCAUCAUGGACUAGUGUAACACAAGCAUCUAAAAAACCAUCAUCUGAUCAGCUGAUUGUCACAUGGAAGGAAGAAAAAGUAGAACUGAAGGAGUUAGCAGACACAACAGUACAAGAGGAGAAAAGAGAUGUUAGUGCUCUGGAAAAGGCAAUGGAAGAAGAAAGUGCAACCAGUGGGGGAAGUAAAAGAAUAGCUUUUCUGUUUGACUCUACUUUAACUGCCUUCCUAAUGAUGGGUAAUUUAUCACCUGGAUUAAAGAGUCAUGCUGUUACAAUGUUUGAGGUUGGCAAGUUAAGUGAUGAAUCAUUGGAUAGCUUUUUAACAGAACUUGGAAAGGUUGGUUUUGAGGCUGAAGGUGAAGCAAGAAGAUACUUCCAACAUGCCUUGACCUUGAGAGAUACAUUGAAGUUCUUACGAUACAACAAAGAUUUAAAUAUAGACACAGACAAUGGGAAUGGACUAGCUGUUGAUUUAAUUAGAUGUGAAAGUUUGUUAGGAUUAGAUCAUGCUACUAGAGCUAGAGUAUUAAACAGAAAUUAUAGCUUGCUAGUAUCCAUGGCUCCACUGAGUUAUGAAAUUAAACCUGUAACCAGUUGUUUACCACAACAUAUAGGCCCUGCUAUAGCUGAGGUAAAUUCUGUGUGGUUCAAGUUAUUCAUGUACAAGUUAACAGGAAAUGGGCCACCUUCUAUGUUACUGGUAAAGGGAACACGUCUUCAGAGAUUACCCAGUAUAUUUCAGGAAUAUGAAAGAUUACUAGUUACUACAUGGGGUCAUGACCCAGGUGUAAUAGCAGCUUCAAACAUAUUGGUGACUUUGAAUGAUGCUCUUACUCACUCUGCUGUUCUAGUUCAGGCACAUGGUUGGCAGUCCAAAGGAAAGGUUGUGAAUAUUUCAUUUCCUUUUAAAAAGGAAGAUGGUGCUUUUUCUAAAGAUAUAAUUCAUAAUCACCCAGCAGUGCAAUGCCUUUGUGAGAAAAUUGACUUACAACACUCAUGUGGUUAUGUUUCUCUACUCAAUACUGGUCUUAAUUCUAAAGCAGUAUGGAAAGAUGAUUCAGAUGAUGAUGAAUUUUAUGAUGAUGUUAGUUAUGAUUUUAGUGUCAAGGGAGACAAUUCCAGUAUUUCAAGUGCAGAUAACUUUUCCAAAGUAGAUGGUGAAAAUUCUCCAUCACAUCCAUGUAAUGGUGUAAAAGACCAAGCUUUAGCAGACAUGUUGGCUUCAGAACUGGAUAUGUUAGACUCAGAUUCUUCACUUAAAUCAAAUGACUUAGAUGUAAAAAAUGUAAAACACACAAUGUCAUUAGAUUUGAAAUCUGACACCUGUUCAAAUUCUAGGAAAAAGUCAUGUGACUAUUUUACAAAACCAGAUGAUUGGGUUUUGUUAGAUUGUUUCUUUGGCAUUCCAUUGUUUGAUCCUAUUCUUAACAAGGAGACAUGUGCCAAGAUUGUCUCAAAUGAAAUUUUUAAAAAUGAAAGUCUAGAAGAAUUACUACAUUCCAAUAGAAGGUUAACGUUGAUGUUGUUAGAUUUUAUUACAAAAUGUCAGGCAGUUUCAGGUGAAGUAGCCCAAGAAUCAUCAACUCCCUCUGGUGGUGAACAUAGUACGCCAUACCCUACUAAAAGUUUGUUGUUUUAUAAUGGACAGUUGGACAUUUGGGCAGAGAGAUUAAACAGAAGAUAACAUAGACUGAAAACAAUAGAAAUCCUUUCUUGAUUUUUGAUUCAGAGCAUGUGUAUUGUAACAAGCUCAUUUGGUUGUAUAACAUUUAAAAGUUUUGUAGCCUUGCCAAGUAUAGGACUGAGAAAAGUUAUGGAAAUUGAAACCUUGAAUCUAUCUGUAGCAUAAAUUUUUCCAACGGUUUCACAAAAACAGAUUCAAUAGGACCAAUUAUUAUAAAAAAAGAGUGAUAAGGCAAGAACAAAAUAAGGAAAAUUCAAGUAACAACUUAAUGUCAACUGACAUUUUAAAAGAUACAGAUGUUUAUUAAGAUAUAAUUAACAAAUGAGUAUGAAUACAGAAAAUUUAGUGAGUGAUGAGGUGCAAUACUACAAAAUGUUUUGUGGGCUUUUCCCAAGAUAAAAAUUUAGGAUUUAAACCUUAAAAUGUUUUACAAUGGGUAGACAAAAUAAACUUUUUAUUUUAAAACUGAUUUAAAAAAAAAUAGGAAAGACAUAACUGACAAGAUAUUCUUAGUGAAGAGGCAGGAGGAUUGGGGAUUAAGACAUAGUUUGAUUUUUAGCUUUUAUAAACAAAUGAAAAUUUGAAUUCACGAUUAUUGUCAUUGCCUUUGUAGCCACCUUUCUGAAAUACAAUAAAUCACUGGAUACUGUAAAAAAAAAAUAUCCCUGCUGAAAGAAAUCUCUAUUUUAUAGGGUACCUGCUCAUGAAAGACUUGUAUUCUCUUUUCUUUCCCUUUAUGUACAGGUAUCUUAUCUUAAUCUUGUUUGUACUUAGUGGACCAGUUUUGUUUUUAUUUGCUUUGUUUUUUUAUUGUGCCGGUAGUUUUAAAAUAUUCAGAGAUGAAUUUACAGAAAACUAUUGAUUUAUGGAAUAUAAAGCUUUUUUAGAGCAUAAGUCUUUAAGUCACUGUAUGAUGUGAACAUUUUCAUUUCAUACUUCAAACUAAUUGACUUGACUGUGUAGUUUUAUCUAAAGUCUCCAUAAGGUUUCUUUGCAGUUGUUACAUAAUAAAAUAUAUCACAUUAUCUGUGUUCCUGCACUUUUGGUGGCAACAACAUAUUUAUUCAUAGGAAAUGACUUAUGAAAGCUAUUACUUGUAAUUAUAACAUAAUAUGUUAUACAGGUAUCUUAUGCCACUCUGAAGUGCAUGAAAUGCAGAUACAUGAUUGAGGUUAUGAUAUGUAAGGCUUAAUAUCUUCUUGCUAUGUUAUUACAAGGUGCUGAAUAUACAUGCACAAGUUAAUAAUCCUAGUCAGUCUUGUUCAUUUCAUCAUACAUUUACUUGCAUAAUUUCAAUAGGAAAUCCUUAUUGUAAAGUUGAUUGUGACAAUAUCUGUAUAAUUACAUGGAUAGUUUAGAUUUCUAUUUCAUAAUUUUGAUGACUUGAAGUCCUAUCAUUACCUAACCUCGCUUACCGGUAAGUCAGAGAACUUGUUAAAAGUGAAAUCUUGUAUAUGUUACAGGCAUUUUCUAAAUUUAGGCAUUUUGUAAAAUGCAAGAUUCAGGCAUUUUACAUAAUGACUAUUUUUUCUAGGCAUUUUAUAAAAUGCCUGGAAAAAUUGAAAGGCAUUUUACAAAAUGCCUGAAAUUAUUUUAUAGAAUGAAAUGUUAAAAAAAAUAAUUGAAAGCUUUGAACAACAGAGCAGUUUUAUUUAUGAUAAUUACUGAAUGUUAAAGCUUGCAAUUUAAGAGUUUUAAUAAUCAAAAAUAAAGUUUUACUGAAUUAUUCCAAAUUCACACAAGCAGAGAACUCGACAAUUAUUUGUUAUUUCUUAAAAAUGUUUGGAUGACAGAACUGUUACACAAAAUGUUUCCUAUUUUUUUUUGCAAAUACAUUUCGGAGUAAAUAAAAUUGAGAAUGGAAAUGGUGAAUAUGUCAAAGAGACAACAACCCGACCAAAGAGCAGACAACAGCCGAAGGCCACCAAUGGGUCUUCAACACAGCGAGAAAAUCCCGCACCCAGAGGUGGUCCUCAGCUGGGCCCAAAAUAAAAUUGUGUACUAGUUCAGUGAAAAUAUGGACGUCACACUAAACUCCCAAACAUAUAAAUGAACUAAAAUUAAAAAACAUACAAGACUAACAAAGGCCAGAGGCUCCUGACUUGGGACAGGCGCAAAAAAUGCGACGGGGUUAAACAUGUUUUGUGAGAUCUCAACCCUCCCCCUAUACCUCUAGCCAAUGUAGAAUAAAGAAACACAUAGCAGUACACACAGUAAAACUCAGUUUAAAAGAAUUUGGUUUUAGCAUUUCAUCCACAUUUGGAGAAACUUGGAUCAUGAGACAUUUAGCUCUUUCGUUACUUUUGCUGAUAAAACACUUAACGUUUGACAACAUUGGGUUUCGCAAUAAGCACACACGUCACACAUGAAUAUCUUCUUUUUCAUAUGUUCCCAAAAGAUUCAAAGUACAUUAUCAUGAUUAGUUUGACUUGUAUCUUUUGGCUUUUAGCUUUUAAAGGACUGAAGCAGAUAUGCCCAUGAAGGGUGAUGCAGCAAUAACAGGCUUAUUCUGUCAAUGCAACCAUAUUUGUCAUUUUUGGGUCAAUUUUCGAGAUUUUUACCACAAGUAACUUCUGUCUCAAUAAUUCUCAAUAAUGUCUCAAUAAUACAUCAGAUGGCAAAGACCCAUGAAUUUCUUUGAGGCGGUGAAGAUGGAGAUACUCAUAUCUUUGCAUCACACCCAAACAAUGCCUUGUAUGGCAAAACCCAUGCUAUAUAGGGGAAUUUGUUUGGAUGUGGAUGUAUAAAUUCUCAUUCUUUCUGAAUGGGGACAUUAAAUAUAUUGCCACAUGUUAGUAAAGUGCAACACUCUCUGUACGUUAAGAACUCUUUGACCGUUCUGCAGGUGGAAUUUUCUGUCCCUUUCCAAAAAACACUCAUUUCAAGCGGCAGUCGAAAUUUCUGUCCUUUAUCCAGGUUAAUCCACUGCUGAAAUAACUCAUAUGAAUUAUAACCAAAUUGUUCUCGUCUUAAAAUGCAUGAAAUAUUUGCUACUGAAAGCAAGCAAAUCAAUCAGUCAAUUAAAAACAAACUACUUUUUCUCAUCUUUAUAUGUUUCACUUCACUGUUUUGAUUCGAUGUCCAAAAAAAUUCGUUUGUAAAUUUUGUUCUAUUAAAAGAACAAUUUGUCCUUCUGCCAUUUUGACAAAAUAAUCAUAAAUUUACUAUCUAAAAAUACAGAGUGAGUACAUACCUAACGUAGUUUCACUAAAAAAAACAUAUCACAUGACAUACAAACUUUCCCAGCUGGUUUUUGAAAAAUAAAUUAAUUCUACCGAACCAUUAGUUAUUUUCUUUGCAAGAUGUUGUGUUUUUGUCCACUUUUUGUCAUAUGCAUCUCAAUGAUAUCCUUUUUCUACAAAUUGCCUGAAAUUGAACAGGCAAUUUGUUGAAUUUUGAUUCAAAAUUUCAGCCAAUUUACAUAAUGACUAGGUAUUUUUAGUCAUUUUAUAUAAUGCCUGUCAAGGUUAGGCAUUUUAUAAAUUGCCUGAAAUUUCAGUCAUUUUACAAAAUGCCUAAAUUUAGAAAAUGCCUGUAACAUAUAUAAAAAAUGUCAAGAAAAGCAUAAAAAAUAUUAAACUAAAUCAUGUCUUUAGUCACAAAAUGUCUCAAUUUAGACAAAUAUUGCAGUACAUGUAAAUGCUUUCUUUCCCUUUAGCUUGCUUGACAUAUAUCACAAAGUAUUUUCGUUGAUCCAUAUUUUAACCUUUCAUAGUGUGUAAGGAAGAAGUUGUGUAUCAGUCUUUUGUAUUUUCACAACAGAAGAAUAAUUAUUGUAUUGUAUGCUCAAUUGAGAAUGCAAUUACAUGGGACCACAGAUAAAGUGAUUAAAAUAUCAAAUAGAAUUUUAGGUCUUAACCAUUUCAAUUUGGUAUAAGAAAAAAAAAGGAGAAGAAAAUGGUGUUGUGUUACAACUAGUUAUCAAAUUGCAUUUUUUUCAUGAAGAGUAUUUUAGGCUAUUGUAGGCAAUUUAGCAGUGCAAUUGAAUCAUAAAAAAAAAAAUCAUACCUCAUAUUAGAUCGGCAAUUUUGCUUGUUUAUAUUUCCAUUUGAAUGGUUGACACCAUUCAUUUAUACUGUAAAGAACAUUUACAAGAAUGAAUAACUGAAAGAUUUUUGUUGUAUUUCAAAGCCUCCCCCCCAAAAAAAAACUUGUAUAUUAAAUGUUAAUGUCUCUGUACCAAAGUCAUUCUCUAGAAAGCAGUUUAGAUACAAGCUAACUGCUUAUAUAUACUCCUAUUUUUACAGAAAAACAUAUAUAUGUCAAUAUUACAAAGUAAUCUUUCUACAUCUUGAAGCACAGUCGUUGAUCAUAUAAGUUGGUACAAAACCUUUCUCAAUGAGAAUUAUUGUAUAUUAUAUUGAUUGUGCAAUGACGUCCCAACAGCAUUCACUUCAAAAGCAGACAUUACAACAUUUAAAUUAUAUUGAUUCACUGUUGCCAAUCUUACAUGGUAUUUUAUUCUUUGAAAUUGUUAAUUUAUGGAAUUUAAUAUUUUAUGUUAUUUAUCAAAUAAAAUAAUUAUAUUUGUUGA